GCGCGGCGCGGGGCCGGGCUCAGCCCCACCGGAGCCGCGGGCAGAGCCGCGCUGAGCUGAGCCCCCCCACCCCGCCCCCCCUUCCCUCUACCCCGGGACCGACCCGCCCGUGCCCGUGCCAUGCCCCGGGGCGACGGCUGCUCGGGGCGGCGCGGCGGGGGCGAAGGGUGCGAGCAGCGCCCCCGGCACCGGCCAUGAGCCCCGGGGCAGCGGGACGCGCCUGAGCGGCGGCCCCGCCAUGGGCCCCCCCCCGGCCCGGGACCUGCCCCCAGGCCUGGCGGCCCUGCUGCUGGCAGCACUGGCGUGGGUGCCUGGUGGAGCACCCACCUGCCCUGCGCUCUGCACCUGCUACGUCUCGCCGCCCACCGUCAGCUGCCAGGCCAACAACUUCUCCUCGGUGCCCGCGGGGCUCCCACCUGGUGCCCGCCGCCUCUUCCUGCAGAACAACAUCAUCAGGGCACUGCGGGCGGGCACCUUCGGGCCCAGCACCGUCACCCUCUGGCUCUACUCCAACAACAUCUCCUCCAUCCAGCCGGGCACCUUCCGCCACCUGCCCGCCCUGGAGGAGCUUGACCUGGGUGACAACCCCCACCUUCGUGUCCUGGCCCCUGACACCUUCCAUGGGCUCCAACGCCUCCAGGCCCUGCACCUCUACCGGUGCCAGCUGGCCAGCCUGCCCAGUGGCAUCUUCCGUGGCCUCCAUAGCCUCCAGUACCUCUACCUGCAGGAGAACGGACUGCUCUACCUCCAGGAUGAUCUCUUUGCUGACCUGGCCAAUCUGAGCCACCUCUUCCUCCACGGAAAUCGGCUGCGGGUGCUGUCUGCGGGCGUCUUCCGGGGGCUGCCCAGCCUGGACCGGCUGCUGCUGCAUGCCAACCGCCUGGCCACUAUUCACCGCCACGCGUUCCGUGGGCUGGCACGGCUCACCAUCCUCUACCUGUUCAACAACAGCCUGGUGGCUCUGCCCGGGGACCCUCUGGCUGCUCUGCCUGCGCUCCAGUUCCUGCGCCUCAACGCCAACCCCUGGGCCUGCGACUGUCGGGCACAGCCACUCUGGGCAUGGUUCCGCCGCACCCGUGUCUCCAGCUCGCCGGUGCCCUGUGCCACCCCACCGCACCGUCGUGGCACUGACCUGCGGCAACUUCGGCCCCCGGACUUCGACGGCUGCCCCGACGAAGAUGAGGAUGAAGCUGGCGGCGGUGGGGGGGCAGUGAUGGGCACCCCUGGGCGGGCACUGGGUCGUCCAGGCACCCUCCCGGCCGCUCCGCCCUCCGCCUUCUACCGCGACGGCCUCCCCCCCCACGACCUGCGGGGCUCCCAGCCCCGGCCGCCUCCCCCGUCCCGCGACUCCCGCGGCCCUCCUGGGGACACCCAGUGCCCCCAGGCCCCCUGCACCCCUCCGGCUGCCGCAGCCCCCUGCCAGCCCCCUACUCUUCUGCCCCUCCUCGCCCUGCUCCUGCUCUGGCUCUGAGCCACCUCCUGGCCCCCACGGGGUGGCCAUGCCCCCCUUCCCUAGGCAGGGCCCAGAACUGCGGGGAGCGGCUUGGGGACGAUGCAGGGGUGUGUGUGUCACCACCCACCCCAUCCUGAGCGGGUAAAGCCCCCAACAGGAACCAAAAGGUGGGAAAUUAUUUAUUAAAAAUGGUCUUAUUUUGGGA